GCGACGUGGGAUUCAGUUAGCGCGUGCCGCGUGCGCAGCAGAGAGCGAGUGAUUGAUUGAUUGAGUGAGAGGCAAUGGGCGCCGCACAGUCCUGGUGCUGCGGGGUGAAGGGCAGGGAGGACAACCUGCUGCUGCCCGGCAAGCGGCGGCCCAACGGCUUCAAGCACGACCACGAGGUGCACGCCGUCACGUCGCGGCCGGCGUCAGCGCCACAGCCGAUCAAGCUGCAGGGCCCCGCGUACAGCAGCGGGAGGAUGGAGGCCAAGUACGAGAUGCUGGACGAAAUCGGGCACGGAGGCACGUCGGUCGUGUACAAGUGCAGCGAGCGACGCACUGGGGUCGUCCACGCCUGCAAGAUCAUCGAUCGGCGCGCCGUCGAGCGAGAGCACAACGUGUUGAUGGAGCAGUUUCAAGUCGAGAUCCAAGUCUUGCAGUCGUUGAAGCACCCGAACAUUAUUCACAUCGCAGACGUGUUCUUGUCCGAGUCAAAGAUCUGCAUGGUGACGGAGUACAUGAGCGGUGGGGAGUUGUUUGACUAUGUCGUCGACAGGGGAACGCUGUCCGAGGUGGAAGCUAGCUCGAUCGUUCGUCAGAUUACGUCGGCCGUUGCCUACUUGCACGCACGCGGAAUUAUUCACCGGGACCUCAAGCCAGAAAACAUCAUGCUGACAAGCAAGUCGCGUGGAGCGGCUGUGAAGAUCAUUGAUUUCGGGCUGGCGAAGUUGCUCGACGCGGAUGACAAGACGGCAUCGUUUCUAGGGACAAGAGGCUACCUCGCCCCCGAAAUGCUGCAGCGCGAGGCAUACUCCAUGUCUGUAGACAUGUGGGCGCUGGGUAUCAUCGUCUACGUGUUGCUCUGUGGCUGCCUGCCAUUCGACGAUGAUGGGGGCAAGAUCGCCAACGAGAAGGCAGCUCGGGCAAAGUUUGGACUGCGCUUCCCACGCUGGGCCAGUGGUCUGUCCGAGAGCGCGAAGGAUCUACUCCGACAUUUGCUUGAGGUGGACUCGAGCGACCGAUGUACGGCGGAGCAGGCGCUGGCACAUCCGUGGGUCACGGGUGCGCGCACGCCCAACAAGUUCCUCAAAUCGCCCAACUACCUCCGCUCGAUUAAGCAGGAGCAGAUCAGCCAGAAGAUGAACGGACGCAUGCCAUUCGCGAACGGCAACGGCGUGGAGGUGUGCAACCGCAACACCAACAGCAAUGGGCUGGCGAUCAGCGUCCGGAGACAGUCUCGCUGA